CUAAAAGGAUGAAAACGGAGUGAGUACAUAGAACUUUGAACUUGACGCGCAAUGAGACUCAUACAAGCAGAACCCUAGCAGUCACCGUGUCCCAUCACACCCGCAUUCCCUUUUGAUGCUAAAAGCCGAGAAUGCCUACGGGACAGUGGCCGCGUAGAAGUGGUGGAGGGGACGCCGCGGAGAAAGGCGAAAGGCUGCAAGCCGGGCGGCUCUGAACCUGGAGGAGUCCUGGGGCACCGCGGAGGCAGCUAGCCGGCAUCCCGGGGCCAGCAGGCACUUCCCUUUCAGUCUCUUGCGCUCUUCAGUGCUGUUUCCAGGCUCCACAUUGACUCUGGGGGCGCUUUUUUUUUUUUUUUUUUUUUUUCCCUGUGAAGUUUUUGCUGUGAGUUUAAGGAUGUUUUGGAAAUAAGGCAUUACCGGAAGCAACAGUCUGGCAGCCUGGGGUACGCUCAGGUUGUUAGUUACAACUAUUAUUAUUAUUUGGAUUUUUUGUUUGUUUUUUGUUUUGUUUUGUUUUGUUUUGUUUUAACCCGGCCCAGCCACUUUUCACUGUCAUCCAUGGAAGGGAUCUUAUUAACCGCCUCAGACUUUGGGGACCUAUGACUCUUUGGCAUGACCCCUUCAGAAAGUUCUUCAGCGGGGAUGGAGCGAUCUUGAUUUCAAUUGCGGAAAGAGAAGGCUGAUCUGUAUUUUUCAUGCUGACAAAAAAUAGCUGCUAUGACUUCUCCGGCUACGUGGACAGGGGCCAAGUGAAGCUGAACUGGUCAUGGUCUGUCGUCCAGUGUUCCCUUGUCGCCGGCGAUUGUGUCCCCGGCCCUUCUUGGUGGGCUUGGUGGUGGCAGUCUGUCUCUUCUACCAGACCCUGACCCUCCGAGGGACGAGGAAGCUCACAGCCGCUGUCCCUGGGGCUGCCACGAACACAGCCCCCGACACCCGGGCAAGCAGAUGCAAGAAGGGAUUCUCCCCCGACAGUCAGUGCUUCCUUCCCUCCGGUAAUGCACAGGAUAUCAGAAAGAUGGAGAGAUCAAUAGAGGCACACUUUGGCAGCCAUGACAGAAGGGCCAUACUCUACAGGCCUCCUUCCUUCAGCAAAAUGGAGCUUCAGCUCCACCAGCACAUUCUCACUCAGCAUCGCUAUACGGUUGUCAUCGCUGAAGAAAGGCUCGGUGCUGGCCUUGGGCUGGGGCUGCUAGAAAAAGGUGAUUUGGGCGCAUGGGAUCUGCUCAUUUGCCUGUCUUCUAGGAAAGCUGGUGGAAAACCUUGCAUAUCCCAAGAAGACGUAUGCCAUUUGGGUUUACAUCAAAAGGUAAACAUAUUACCAGAUAUACAGCAUCAGCUUUGCAGAAAAGAAGGAUUAUGUCAAAUAAUUAGAAGAUUUCCAGACUCUUCCCCAGGAAGCUGUCCAUCACACAUUGCAUCAACGGGGCUCCCUUGUCCCCUAACUUUUGACAGGAGAUCAGAGUUCAGAAAGAGAGAACUUUGGGAACUACGACUUCCGGUGAGCCCUUCUGUAUGUCUGGAUCAGAGCAUGCAGUUAAAGCUGAGUACUUCGAGUCACCUUUUAAAACCAGUGAAGAAGCCACAUAUGUGGAAACCAUGGGACUGGCGACGUGAACAGCUGAAUCAAACGACAGUCCUUGCUCCACGUGAAACAGUCUUCCGAGCUGAAGAAAUAUCUGUGAUUCUAAAAGCGUAUGUGUUGGUGACGUCCUUGACACCUUUGCGUGCAUUCAUUCAUUCAACCGGCACAGUUUGGAAUCCGCCAAAGAAAAAACGCUUCACUGUCAAGCUGCAAACAUUUUUUGAGACAUUCCUGACAGCCAGUUCACCUCUUCAGGCUUUUGAUAAUAUGAAGGAAGCAAUUAGCAAACUCCUGCUAGCAGCUGAAGUAUUCAGCGAAACAUCUACUCUGGGACCAAAGGCCUUCAAUAGAUGCAGAUUAUGUUUUCAGCUUUUCACCUUUGAUAUUGGUUACUACAGUUUCCCAGACCCUGUAGUGCUCCAGGUACAUGAGCAUUUAAAUUUUCAAGAUGAUGAUAAUACGGAUUUUGAGGACCAAAACACAGAAGAAUUCCUUUUACAAGAUACUUUCAAUUUUCUCUUCUCUAAUGAAUCUUCACUUCCAGUGUUUUCUGAGAUACUUCAGGGACUUUAUAGAUCAGGUGUUUUUAAGGGUGAAAACUAUCAGAAGGAACAAAACCAAUGCCUGUCUUUAGAAGAGAUGAACUCAAUUAUGACUUUCAUAAAGGAACUUGGGAACUUGGGGCAAUUCCAACUGCUCUUCCCAUCUACUACUCCUGGGAUUCGAUCUUUGAUGCGUGAAUUUUAUGAUAUGGCAAAGCCUGCAGGACAACCUGGUUCAGUCCUGACUCAAUCCUGGUCUCUUUUAAAUGUAUUUGAACAGUUUCAGCUCCUGAAUAAAAAGGCACAGCUACAUCCACUGGAAUGGAAUUCUUUUACAGAGAAUGAGAACAUUGAAAAACCACAAGUGCCAUCUGAUGCAACUGGAAAUAAAAAAGCUGUUGUUCUACGAAUUAUGAAUGAAACCAAAGAAGUUCGCUGCAGUAACGAUGACACACAAUGUUCUAUCAAGCAGAUCCUCACACAUCCACAUUUGGAAUUAAAUCCUGAAUUUAACCCGAAGAUCAGGGAUUACUACUCUGAAGUCCCAUUUGAUGUGGUCACCGUGACAAUCGGAGCGGAGACUUCGAAGUGUCAGUGCAAGGUGUACCUGCAUGAUCGGGCAGGACCAAGCUUUGCCAACUAUCCUCUGGGCUUGGGAAUGAACAAAAUCUCAAUGCUGGUGGUGGAUGAAUCUCCAGCACAGGGGGAGACCUUGAUCACGUACAAACUCACCAUCUACAGGGAAGACCGUCCAAGUCUGCCCUUGUUUGAGGACUUCACAGCAUGUGGUUUUGUGCAGGUGCAAACUAACUCCAGCAGGUUACACAGCAGGAUCGUGAGGAUGGUGGAUUGUGGUUUGCUGAUUCACCCAGAGGAAACCUGUGGGUUACAGCCUAUUUCCUCUGACUACAUUGAAGCCAUUUCACAGCCCGAACUAAAGAUCUGUCCAUCGGGAGACACAACAGGCCAAUGGAUCGUGCCUUGCCUUAGCUGUUCAGACAACAGGACCUGCGACUGGAGAGAAAUAACUUGGCAACCCCACAACUGCCAAUAUGGUGUUCUCACUAAGCCCCAACUCCAGCAGUGCCUGGGAGGAAGGAAGAUUCUUUUCAUUGGAGAUUCAACCAACAGAGGGAUAAUGUACUACCUGAUCGAAAGACUGAAUGAAACCCUGCAGGAAUGGCAGAAGGUACAUGGCACGAAAUUCUAUCACAACGUCAACGGUGGGAAGACUUUGAUCAGUUACUCCUACUAUCCCCAGUUCUGGAUAAGCCCUUCAUUGAGACCAACAUUUGAGAAAGCGCUCGAACAUCUCUUGCAAAGAUCGCGUCCCCUGGAGAACACAGGCCAGACGGUGUUGGUUGUUGGUGGUGUUCAGUGGCUCAAUUCCAAUCACCUACAGAUUAUUCACAAGGUUUUGAAGAGGGAAAAUUUACUCAAUAUCCUUGUGAUCAUCAAAACUUUGGGAAUUGGAUUUCAUCUCCCAGUGGAUGGAUUGCAUUUCUUGACACAGAGUGAAGUUCAGAACUUAUGGAAGGAAAAUGUGAUUAUUCUGGAUGCUGCAAAAACCUAUGGCUAUGAAGUGGUUGACACAUUUACUAUAACGAUGGGGCGAUACAAAGAGUUUUUGCAAGGGACGUGCGGGUGCCAUUUUCAUGAGGUAGUGAAAUCAAAGCUAUCCAAAGAAUAUCACUUUAUUAAAAUGAAACAAUCAAGUAAUCACAUUGUGGGGAAAUAUUUCAGCAAUCAAAGCAAACUACGACGACGACGACAAGACUCUGUAACAAAUUUUCAGUCCCCCUAUCAUGUCAGAGGUCCAAUUAAUCAGGUUUGCUCUGAAAUCCUUCUCAGCAGGAUGUGCGUGAGUAAAAGAACUGUGUAGACUCCCUGCAGGAGGCCUGAACUUGGAAUUGGGGGCAAGCCACUCACUCACCUGGGCGGUGGUCUAAGAACCAAAUCCUGUAUGUCACAUGUAUUUGGACCGACCACACACCCAGGAACCCAGGCACACACAUACACACCAACGCACGCGUGGCUAAAAAAAGUAAUAAUAACACUUUUUUCCUACAGCUUUGUAAGGUUGAGGUGUGCACUUGAAAAUCAUGUGUCUUCAAGGGGAAAGCUAGAGCUAGAGAAAGGUGACUUGAAGUAUAAUCAGGAAUUAGAACCACUGUGGGCUAGGUAUUGCAUCGUGAUAAUAAGGAGAAAUAGAGACACUUGAAUUACGUGGACAAAAAAGAUAAAGCUCUUGAGAUCGCAUUAUCUUCUCUCUUGGUACAUUUAUACUGAAAAGGAGAAAAAAGCAGUUACAUUCCACUUGCAAGUAGGGAUUGUGUUUGUGUCCUCUACCAGGAGAAAAUGUGAUCUUUAGGAUGGCUUAGGCUUUGUGAAUCUAAAGUUUAUGAAAAACAUGUCUUCCUAUACUUCUUAAAUUUUACAACCGAAAGGAAAAGAACAGGGAUGCUCCACGAGGAAUUCGAAAAGAUUCUAUGAGAGAUAGGAAAUGUAAUAUUUUACAAUUAAAACACCAAUGCAUUUAACUUUGCACUCUUUGUCCUUUUCAUAAACAUUCCCUCCUACCCUGUCUGUGAACUUGGAUGGGUAACUGCAGUCUAAGUUGAUUAAAUAUGCAGUUUUAAAGUGUAUUAUUUGAUUAUGUUUUACUGACGAUAUCCGUUAAGAAAGCUUUUGUUGGCUGUUAGAAUCCUGGGUAAUUUAAGAUUACAUUUUAUGCAAAUAUUUUCAAAGGAUUGGCCAUUUGCAAGUGCAGAGGAGUUUAUUUUCAUACAACAUUUGUAUGUGCCCACAAACAUUAUGUCACUGGUAACUAUAUUUUGAUUUACCUAAUACAAAUUUAGAGUAAGCAUAAAAUUAUUUUUUCAUUAAAACUGUGGCAUACAUACACAACAUGCCCAGUUAUAGUAUUGAGAACUUUCUCUUCUAUACAUUAAUUUCAAAAUAGUGAAUUUCCUUAUUUUUCAAGCUCUUUGUUGAGAGCUAUCCCACAGUUAAAAUUGGCUUUUAAAGGAUUGUUUUUCUUUUGGGGGAAAAAUAAAACUGAGAGGGUUAUACAAUUCAUGUUACAAAUACCUCAAUUUCAUUACCAUACCCCAAAAAGACUAUUUUGAUCUAUCAGUUCCUUUGUAUGAAUAUCCACCUCUUUAAAUACUCUAUUUUUAUAUAUAUUUUUAUAUGGAAGUAAACGUGAAUUUAUAUUUAACUAUCUUAAAUUAUAUUUAAACACAGCUAUCACUUGAUAUAAACAUAUCUGCCUUUGACAGAUGAUAGAUUUUUCUUUAAUGGUACAGAAUUACCCUUUAAAAUGAAAGAUUUUUCGAGUACCUGCACCUAUAGUAAGUUAGGUUUUUAAUUUUUUUUAAUGAUAUAAAAUGUUGCCAAUUCAUGCAGCCUCUCCAUCGUAUUUUAAUGUAUUACAUGCUCUAUAACAGGAUUAUAGUGUAGAUGUUUCUUGUAAUUUACUGUCAACUGAACUAUAAUAACCGUCCGACUGAGGUUAGUCUGGCAUUUACCUCUUCACUGUUGAAAUAAUAGAUUUUAGAAACAAGUGUAAUAAAACUAUUAAUAAAUGUCUUGCUGGUGAUA